GGCCAGUGCAGCAGCCUCCCGCACGUCGCUCAACAGAGUCAACACACCUUCACACUUGUCGUCCGUCUCGGAAUCAUCCUAGUGCCUACCUGUCGUAGCGUACAACUGCCCGUCCAGUAAGGUAGUUCUAGUCCGGUCCUUGGAAUCCCACCCUCACAACAUUGAACUCUACUACCUGCUACCUACCACCGACCUGCUUGCUUCCUGAUCAGACGAGACAGACGGGACCCUUUCCCUCCAAUCUCGCACGUACGAACGUUCUCUUUGAUACUAUCCUCGAGCCCUCUCCCGAUUUGCCCGCCGCCCGGAAUUGCUACGUCGAGCCAUUGCUUUGUUCUCGCGCGAGCAUUGGCCCCGAAACGACUCGCGGGACGAAGCCAUUGUUGCUGCUUUGGCUGCUUUCGCUGCCAUUGCUGCCACCAUUGCUGCCAUUGCUCCUGGACGCCUUGAGUGGUCGGAGCGCCCCAACGCGUGCCUGGACUGCCUUGGAUCUGGUUGCCACCCCACGUCAAUUUCUAGCAGGACCUACCUGGCUUGAGACACGCCUGGGCAUACCGCAUCCUGUUUAUUAUCCUCAUCAGCAGGAGCGGUCUCCUCAACCUGCCUCAUCGUCGCCAGACAGAUCGCGCGAUCUGCACGAGUGUGCGUCGGUCAAGUCAGCAACAACUUGGACCGCUCCGCACCUCUCUCUUCACCACCCACCUACCUACCUACCUCAUCUACCUACCUACCUACCUACCUACCUUACUCACCCACCCACCGCACUACUUGAACUCGCAGCAGCAUCCCCACUGCGUCCACGGAUCUCACGACCGCCGGCUUUCACUAGCUGCGCCUACUGGUCCACUGCACCUGUCGACUUGCUCGUCUCCCCCAAUCGACUACCGGAACCUACUGCACCGCUUCUUCGUCUUCUGCUUCUUCUUCUUCUUCUUCUUCUGCUGCCGCCGCCGGUGUCUCGUCUCGACACUGACGCCGCUCUUGUAUCAUUCUUCUACUGAUACCGGAACUUGCACCUUUUAAUGCAUUGUCUGGCUUGAGAGACUCCCCUACCACACUCCAGGCCCACCUUCGCGAGAGCACACGAUGCCGUACACUCCGCCAUCGCAGCAAUCCCCUGCCUCGUCCAAGUCCAACUCACCAGUGAUGAGCAGAAGCCCAUCUUAUCACCAAGAUGAUGCCCACAUUCCCCGAUCUCCCGCGAGCACUCGACCGCAACCUCCCCGAUCACAUUCCUCGUCUUACCUGCAUAAGCAUCGGAGGUCGCCCUCGUGGGGAUCGAGAACGUCCACGGACGGUGCACCACCGACGCCGACUGAUGCCUCCGACUCGAAAGUCAGCACGACCGACUUCGCUCACCAUGGCAGCCUGCGGCAGUCACCCCCGCCGGUUAAUAAUCUGCGGAUUCCCCCGGGCGCGGUAAUGUCGCCACCAGACUCGUCGGAGAACUCAGACGGAGAUGACAGCGCCAACAGUGCUCGAGGCAGGGAACUUGAGAUGAAUUGGGACCAGCUGCAGCAGGCAGUCCGACAGAUCAAUGUGAGGAGAGAGGGAUCGCCUGACAGGGCUGGUCAACAUAUUCAGCACUCUGUGUCUGAGCCGACAUCACAGUCGACCUCACCGACAGCGUUGACGAGACCGGCUCUAUCAGCAGAGGCUCGCAAGAUAUCGCACUCCCGAUCAUCGACAGAAUCGAAAGUGCUUCUGAAAACCACCUUCGCCGAAUCACCAUCGCACACGUCUGACGAGAGCGAUGAGGAUGAUGAUAUGAUGUCGAAGCCGGCUCUGGUACGGAAAAAGUCCGGCGAGCUCGUGAAGCCGGCGUUGAGGCCGUCAUCCAGGCGGCGUUAUUCGAGCAUGCCUGGCACACCGACAUACCACAAGUCCGUACACUUCAACGACAGCGACAACCAAACUCGACACUUCUUGCAGGUGGAUAAGCCCAUCGCCGUCAGCGCAGGCACAUCUCCCGUGGAAACGUACGACAGCGAGUCGGAGUUUCCAUUCAACGAGGACGACGGCAAGAAGCCCGAGCUUGAAAUCAAGGUCGCCAACUUCCCUCAAGAUACUGCAGAGCGACGUGCCAUGCCCAUUCGUGUGGAGCGUAUCUUCUUGUCUGCAGACAAGACUACUCUCGUCGGCGUCUGCGCCGUUCAGAAUAUUGCUUUUCACAAGUUCGUCGUCGCUCGAUUUACACUCGACUAUUGGAAGACUACCUCCGAAGUCGUUGCUGAAUAUAGCAAUGACAUUCGGAGUCCACCGACUGAUGGUUGCGACCGCUUUAACUUCCACAUCAAGCUAUCUGAUCAAGCCAACAUCGACAACAAGACUCUGCUAUUGUGCGUCAGGUACAAUGUGGCCGGCCAAGACUUUUGGGACAGCAACAACUGCAUGAACUACCAAAUUGACUUCACUCGUGCUGAGCCGAAGAAGUCUGCUAAGAAGGUCACGAUCAAGUCUAGUCCACUGAGUCAACGGCCACUCAAUGCCAUUCCACGCAGUCGCCACAACGCUCCCUCCACUCGUGGGCGACAGGACCGUGAGUCGGGUGAUGAAGACUUCGCAUCUCGCUUCGACUCGAGCUCUGCAUACUCGUUUGGCUCCGCGGAUGAUCUACUGGGAGUAUCUACUGGGUCUAUCAAGCUCAAGCAGAAGCCGAAACGCACUCCCAUGUUUGCCCUGAACGGCCUGGACCAGCCUCAACAUGGCCUUGGUAGCAGGUACGAUUUCAGCUCAUCAUUGUCUGCUGCACUCGGAACUGCACAAGACAAGCUUGGACAACGUAGCGGUCUUAUGAUGAGCGGCCACGCUGCCCAGGCGAAGAUUAGUGCAGGCUACUUCGGCCCUGUUGAUCGCACCGAGCCUGAUAAGGCUCCUAUGCCCACUGAACGUCCAGAUGCUAUCACAACGGACCGACCAGCCAUGGGGUCCGAUCAGUACAAGGACUUGGUCCAGAAGUUCUGCUACGUAGGUUCUGCCCGCACGAGUCCCUCGGUUUCCUCCAAGGUCUAGGAUAUCCCUCCACACAGAGCUGACUGCCUCUCCAGUACACUCCUGGCCCUGGCAAGGGAGUGGGCUCGGCUUCAACGAGUGCUACGAAGUCUGCUCCUCCUCCGCAGGAAUCAUCUGCUGCCGAGACCGAUGGCGCCAACGAUUCCGAAUCAUCUUCCUCUUCCUCCUCCUCUUCCUCCUCUUCAAGCUCUUCAUCUGGAAGUAAUACCCCCACUAAAGAGCUCGAAGCCCCCCACGAUGGAGUAAAGCAGUCUUCUACUCCUGGUCCCUUCGUCGCGCGCUCACAAUCUCCAGGGGCCUCGAUGACUGGCCAAGGGCUUGCUACUCGCUCUACAUCGACCUCUUUUGGCUAUCCUUAUAAUCACACCCAUCGCGAUGGAUACCUUUCUGACCACUCCACACCUACCGCGAUACGCGGUUGAAAGCUCGCCUGAUCGUUUCGACGGUCUUUCUGCAUCCUGCAUCCGCUCGACUUCAUACCUCGAAACCGAAGCACGCAGCGAGGCUAUCAUGACGAUCACGACUUGACGAUAUACGAAUACUGGCGGAGACUUUCUUCGCUCGUCCCACAUUUCCGGUGAACAGGACUGCACAGCAGGAUUUGAGAGAUGUCAUCAUGGGGCCGCCUUUGUCGGGUGGCGGUUCCUGGGGCUGUUGUUUUAGUUUUUGCACUUUUAGCGGGUACGAAUUUUUUUAAUGCAUGGCGUUCUGGCAUAGAUCUGUUUAAUCCUGAGAAUGGGGUGCGUGUUGCCAGUCGGUGCCACAUGGCACGCAGGACUUCUGGCGGGAAACGCAUGGGAAAAGUUGUUAUUUGUUCGGUUGGGGCCAUGUGUCGUUGUGAUGAUUUCUGCAUCGGACCUUGUGGAUGGAACUGCGAACAGGCGGAAAGAACGGCCUAGAUAUGGUUGGCAGGGAUUAGAGGGGGCAUUGGUUGUUUAUUGUGGGAGCGAUGGCGUUUAAUGGAAGGCUAUUGCUUGAAUUGUUCUGUCGCUGCGCGGCACGAGCCCGGCAUUAUCGUUGUUGAUGAUGAUACAGCUCGUAAGCAUGGGGAGUUGCAAUACACGGCCGCAAAUAUCGAGCGAAUUCUACCAGAUGCACACACACAUAUAUUUGCGAUUUGACGUCAUGUUGGUACAGUAUCGGAUGGAGGUAGGAGUAGGUACAUGUACAUGUUCUAGAAGCCAUUAUAUCACGACUCAUGAGGUUAAUAAUACACACUCAGAAU